AUGUCAUCCCUCGAAGCGAAAGGUGCUCGAGUUGCUGCCUCGGGCGAGGAGGUAGCACGCCAAGCACAUGUCAUUAUGACCAUGCUUCCGGCCACGCAACACGUCCAGGCUGUAUUCGGUGACAUUAUCAUCCCUCACGCCCGGAAGGGAACGCUAUUGAUUGACGGUAGCACGAUUGAUCCCACGGCAAGUAAGGCCCUGGCCGCCCGAGCCAAAACGAUGGGGCUGGACAUGGUGGAUGCGCCUGUCAGUGGUGGAGUAGGCGGUGCCGAAGCAGGAACAUUAACAUUCAUGGUGGGUGGAGACGUGCAAUGCGUUAAAAAGGCAGAGGUGUCCAUGCUUAGGCACAUGGGCAAGAAGGUGGUGCACUGUGGACCUGUGGGCACGGGCGCUAUCGCCAAGAUAUGUAACAACCUGAUCCUUGGCAUCAAUAUGGUUGGAGUUGCGGAAGCUAUGCGGCUAGGCGUGGCCCUGGGAAUGGAUCCGCACAUUUUGAACGGCGUGGUCAAUGCUUCCAGUGGUCGGAGUUGGGUUACGGAGACCUACAAUCCGUGCCCAACGGUCGUUCCCUCCGCCCCGUCCUCCCACGAUUAUCAAGGCGGCUUUGCCUCCAAGCUCAUGCAGAAGGAUCUUGGGAUCGCAGGCGACGCCGCCAAGGUGGUCGGAGUACCAUUACCGUUGGGCGCCGCGGCGCAACAAUUAUACGCUUUGAUGCAAGUCAAUGAUCUUGGCAAUAAAGAUUUUUCCAGCGUUUAUCGCUUUUUGGAGGGAGCGAGAGGGAGCGACAGCAGCAAGAAUGAAACUGGUGGCAAAAGGGAAUAA